CUUAACAGGAUGUUGUGCGCAUGCGCGUCGGACACCACAGCAGGGAAGGCAGUCCUAAUGGCGGAGAAUGUGCGGUCACCCUUUGACUACCGGGAGCCACCGACGCUCGACAGCGACGGGGAUGGCAGCAAACCACCGCCGCAACGUGGCCGCGUUUGUGGGAGAAAACGUAAAGGGACACCCGUGAAGGUGUGUGACCGAGCAUACGUAACAGAAGAUGAGGAAGAAGAGAGCAUGUCGGAGCACAGCUACAGUCCUGGUGAAGGCCAGUACCCAGAGGGCGCGGAGGACUGCCUCCCCCCACCUGGCAGCCCCUACUAUCUCCCUGAUCCUGCCCAGCUCUGUGUGCCAGAGCUGGGCGAAGAGGGUGCCGGGGGUGUCCGGGGCCCUGUGCUCUUUCACCCACCCCCCAAUUGUAGAAUUCGUGAGGUGCACUGCGGGACUCAGGUGCGGCUGGUCGUCAUAGCGAUCCGGGACAUCGCCAAAGGAGAGGAGAUCACGGUGGACUACAGCCUGACCGACUGGGGCGAGAACGCAAUGGAAGAAGAAGCCGGGCCUCACCCACUCACUCUCUCUGUGUCUGAUUACCUCACCCCUUCCUGGUCGCUAUCGCCCUCCUCCUCCCCGCUCACCCACUCGGAGCCAAGUGACUCGGACCGUGAGGAGGACGACGAUGAGGAGGAAGACGACGACGACGAGGAUGAUGACGACGACGAAGAGGAAGACAUGGAGGAGAUGCGGGGCCGCGUGCUCCGCCGCCGCAAGAAGCGCAAGAUCCCUACGGUAGGAAUCGGUGCCAAGAAAAAGAGCACCCCCACCUCCUCCAGAGGGCCCGGCCGCCCCUGUUCGUCCGUAGGGCCAACCGGCCGGUCUCAGCCUCAGACGGGCAGCGCCGUAGCAUCGCCGCCCCCAACCACCAACAUCAACAAUAACAUUAACAUAAACAUUGGGAGCUCCAGUGGCGCUACCGUGAGCCGGCGGCAGCACUGUCCGUACUGCGGGCGCCACUAUCGCUCUUUGCCGCGCCAUUUGGAGAAGCACCACGCCAGCCAGCCCGAGGUCCGAUCGGCCAUGGAGCUGGCACACCUCCGUACACACUCCAACAACGCGGCCCCACACCCUUCGACGACCGCUGCCUCCUCUCACAGUCAUUCCUUUGCAGUACCACAGUCGUCACCCCCCAACCCAACGGCAACACCGCCUUCGCUCUUCACCCAGGAGCGAGAAUCACCACGUACAGGCACUGGCGGCGUUUCUUUCUCGCUCUCUCUGUUGCCUCCCGCUUCCAAAAAGAAUCCACUGGCGGCUAGCUCUCCCACGAAGCGCACCGCCUCUACUCCAGUUGCGGCCAGAAUAAAGAGCCCAACGCCUCCUCCUCUGCCGGCGUCUCCUCCAAGACGGGGGCGCAGGAUGAAGAGGGAGAAGCACGAGGAGCCGCCAAAGGUAGAAGAGGAUCUGGCGCCGCCUCCGACGCCAGAACCAGACAUAGAUCCGGAUGAAGAUAUAGAGCUGAGUGCUGAUGGCGAGGGUGACACUCCAGAGGAGAAGACUGGGGAAGCUACAAGGGCAAGUCAGCAUCACAUCUCCCCAUUUCUUUCCUCCCUCUCCUCUCUGCUGGUCCACCUCCGACAGCAGCAAAGGUCUGCCUUCGUCGCGCUCAACCACACUCGCUCCGCUGAGGCCUGGCGUCAGCUCUGCCACUCCAGCCUCUCUCUGCUCAUCCUCUACAACCGCCACCGUGAGUGCGAGGUGGCAAAGCUCACCAUUCUGGACUACCGCAAGCGAGCUGCCCCGCAGGAGAGUCUCUGUAACUCCCCCUCUGGCAUGGAGGCCCUCCUGUCCCCCUUUGAACGCAGUGUUCUCUGCCAUCUCCCAAGGGCAGGGGUCAUGGGCAAGCGUGGGCGCAUCCAACCCCUUAUCCUGCCCCCGAAUUGCGAGUCCUGCCUAGACCUGCUCCUUCAAAUGAGCUGCCAUGUAGGCGUGGACCCCGAGAGCCCUUACGUCUUCUCCCGCCCCUAUCAUUCCCCCGCUACGCCUCUGCGAGGCACGGACCUCCUGCGGAACCUUGCACGAGCCAGCGGGGCCAAGAACCCCGGGGUAAUAACAGGGACGAGGGUGCGCCGACAGGUCGCCAUCUUCACUCAGCUGUUGCUUCUCGAGGAGGGCGAGGUUCAAGGCGGUGCCACCAAACGCCUAGAGAACUUCUUAGAGACACAGUAUCAUGUCACGCAGAACUGCUCUUCCAUUGUACGGGACGCUGUCCUUAUGGGUAGUGUAGGGCGUGUCAUUCUCUACGGGGAGAAGGAAGGUGUGCUUUUUCGCGGGAUGAGCCUGCAGCACAUCUGUCUCGAGUUGGACGUGUUGUCCGGCAAUUCAGCAGACUCCUUCUCGGAAGAGACGGAGCCAGAUGACCACAAAGAGGAAGUGCAGGAGAAGGUGGAGGUUCUAGUGAAGAAGAAAGGACGAGGGAGACCACCCAGGAAGAAGCGACCGCCCAUCACUCCGACAGUCAGUACCUCCAGAGUCGGCGCCCAGAAGAGGAGAUCAGCCCAACCCAAAUCAGGGAAGCGCGGCGUGCUGAAGCGUCCCUGGUCGGAGGCGGAGCGUGUUUCUGUGGAGACGCACCUUCAGCGCAAUCUGGUGGAGCUGCGUGUGCCCGCCAAGGCCGACUGCGAGCGCUGCCUAGAGCGUUGCCCGCUGCUCGUCAGCAACCAGCGUGAUUGGCGGGCCAUCAAGUUCUACGUGCACAACCGCAUCCAGCUGCUGAAAAAGCAGGGACGGCGGGAGAGUGCGGUUAUCGCUGCCGCUGCCGUUUAAGUCAACUCUGAUUGUAAUUUUAUUUUAAUGUAAAAAAAUAAAACACCACCAAUCAUGGUGGAGUGCAGCUUUCAACUGUAAUAAUAUAAUAUAAAGGGAGUACUGUAACAACUGGCUUCCUCUAAUGGUGAACAAUCACUUUGUUUCUUAUUGUCAAUGUGAACUGCCAAUGUAGCAUUUAUGUAUCAGCUACGAGUGUGCAGGAAAUAACCUACAAACUAUGAAUGCACAAAUCCUCCUUUUCCCUACAAUAUGCUUUUGAUGACCAAACGUAAACGCUUUCAGCAGCAGCAUCUUUUCAAUAAGGCCCACAGGUGGACUGCGUUGUCUUCUAGGCCAGUGUUUCCCAACCUUUAUUGAGCCAUGGCACAUAUUUUACAUUACAAAAAUCUUUAACAAAAAUGUAAGUAAACAGGUAAAGUGCUGUGGAAAAAGUAAUUGUCCCCAUUCCUCAUUUCCUACUUUUUUUUUGCAUCUUUGUCACACUUGAAUGUUUCAGAUUCUCAAACGGACUCAACUAUUAGACAAAGAUAAGUAACAAAACUUUAAAUUGAUGAUUGUAUUAUUAAGGAAAGCAAACUAUCCAAACUUACAUUAUGUGAAAAAAACCUUAUAAGUGCUUAUACCACUCUUAGCAGUAACCGCUGCGUUUACUAGCAAUGGGUAUUUCACAUUUGGUUCACUCUUCUUUGCAUAAUUGUUUGGAUUCAAGGAACUUAAUUUAAUAACCAGCACGUUGAAGGGUUUUCGAACAUGAAAACUCAUACAUGCCAUUUUUAAGUAGUGUCUUUAUUCUGGUUUAGUCAUCAACACUGACCUUAACUGAGGCAGUUAGUGAGAGGACCUUUCGGAUGUUGGCCGGCCUCUUAUGGGAAGGUUUGCCAGUGCCACUUUACCAGGGUUUUGCCAUUUGUGGAUAAUGGCUAAUUACUUGGUUUAUUACAUUGAGAGGUUCUAUUCAAGCGAUCUCUUGUAUUUGUCAUUCAUCAAGCCUGUGAAAUUGAACACCGCUUUAACAAAAAAGCGAUUUACCACAGUUAUUUCAUGGUUAUGUUUGUCUAAUAGUCUGAUCUGAUCAUUUAGGUGUGAGCAACAUGCAAACAAGUUACCUAGAAAGCAGCAAAUACUAUUUGACAACACUGUAGAUACACAGGUUAAUUAUUUAAAUCCUGCCACUUAAGGGAAAUUGUGUAAUUUCCCGGGGCCAUGGCACAGCGGUGGGAAAUCACUGUUCUAGAACAGUGACCGUCUGGAUACAAUAAUCUUGACACACAUUUAAUAUAUACUUUUCCUUGUUGGUAUUCAUUGGCUAAUAAGUCAAAACUAUCCAGAAGUGAUCUCAGAAUGUACAUAUUGUAAAUACUAUCUGUAUUAAAGUUAAAUGACUUGUUUUUUUCAAACUGGUUGUGAAGUUUCCUGCCGUAUGCAUUGUUAAAAAAUAAAUA